UGGUUUAUUUCAAGUGCACACGUUAAACAGUACGCCACGAGCGACAUUUUUAAUUUGUUGUUCCAAAAAAUUAUUAUUAUUAAUUAAAAAUGGUCGAGGCGAUGGAAAUUUUGCAACAAAUCGGCCAAAUUUUAGCGUUUUUGGUGUUAACGUUGAUGUAUAGUGUGCGGAGUUUAGUUAAUUUCUUCAUCCCCGCGGCUUAUGAACCCGUUAAGAAUGUUAAAGGAGACGUUAUUUUAAUAACGGGGGGUGGAAGCGGAUUGGGGAGAUUGUUGAGUAUUAAAUUGUCAAAAUUAGGGGCGAAAAUCGUUAUUUGGGAUGUUAACGAAAAAGGGAUGGAAGAAACCGUUAAAAUGGUUAAAUCCAACGGGGGAACUAUUCAUCAUUACAAAGUUGAUAUUACAAAGAGAGAAGAAGUUUAUAAAGUUGCUGAACAAGUCAAAAAAGACGCUGGAGAUAUUACGAUUUUAAUAAACAACGCGGGUGUUGUUUCUGGUUAUCACCUUUUAGAUAUCCCAGAUCAUUUAAUACAAAGGACUUUCGAAGUUAACGCAAUUUCACAUUUUUGGACCACAAAAGCCUUUUUACCAUCGAUGAUCUCCAAUAAACGCGGUCAUAUCGUGACAAUCGCUUCAAUGGCGGGCCAUAUGGGGUGCUCAAAACUCGUCGAUUAUUGUUCAUCGAAAUUCGCCGCUGUUGGUUUCGAUGAAUCGCUCAGAGUCGAAUUAGAAGCACUCGGAGUUACUGAUAUAAAAACAACCUGCGUUUGCCCAUUUUUUAUUCAUGGAACUGGGAUGUUUGGGGAUGUUGCCCCCAAAUUUACCCCCGUUUUAACGACGGAACAAGUUUCCGAGAGUGUCAUUUUGGGGAUUUUACGCGAAGAUUUAUACGUUAUGCUUCCAAAAUCGAUGAGAUACUCGUUUUGGGUUAAAUGGAUUUUACCUUGGCAGGUUAUCUCCAUGUAUAUGAGACACACCGUUCCAGAUGCUUGUCCUACUCCGGGGAUGAAAUAAAAAACCAUUAUCUAAAAAAAUAAAUGUUUUAUAAUGUU